AUGAGCAAGAAGAAAAAGACAAGCCAGUUAUCCGACAAGACCACAAGAAUCACUAAAGCUCAACGUCUUGAAGCAAAGAAACAGAAACAAAAUGUUAAAAAUGCGAAAAAAGGUCGUAAACUUUUCGGUACAAAAGAUGAAGAAAAUAUUGAAAUGUUGCUUGAAGAAUUUCGAAAAAAAGACGCGGCACGGACUGAAAUAAUUGUCACAAAUACGACACAACCGACCCCACGAGCGAAUUUUACACUCUCGGUACUUCCAUCGGGUGAUGUUCUCGUCUUUGGUGGUGAAUAUUACAAUGGAGACGUGAAUGUGUGCUACAAUGAUGUGUUUAAAUGGAAGAUCGACCCUAUAUGGAGUAAUAUGACUAUGGAAAAAGUGUCAUCGAGUGAGAUUCAGGAUCCAUUCUAUGAUCGUAAUGGACAAGGUGUGAAAAAUCAUACGGACAUACAAAAUUCAAUGUGGAAUCAUAUUAUGUCACCCAAUGCACCACCACCACGAUGUAGCCAUCAAGCAGCCGUGUAUCGUAAUCAUUUCUAUCUCUUUGGUGGUGAAUUUGCAACAGCAGAUCAAUUUCAUCAUUAUCGCGAUUUAUGGCGCUUUGAGUUGAAAACAAAUCGAUGGGAAGAAUUAAAUGUGACAGGAGGACCAAGUCCAAGAAGCGGACAUCGGAUGGUUGUGUGGCGAAAUUAUCUUGUUGUAUUUGGUGGAUUCUAUGAAGCUGCACGAGAGACCAAAUGGUUCAACGACUUGUAUUUGUUUAAUUUAGCAGAACUUAGGUGGCAAAAGGUGGUCUAUCCGCCGCAUAGACAAGUACCAGCGGAGCGAAGUGGCUGUCAGUUGGCGGUGCACCCGUCGAAAGACCUUGUGUUUGUCUACGGUGGAUACGCCAAGGUGAAGAAUGCGGGUGAAAAGUCGGAAGGCAAGGUGUACUCAGACCUGUGGGUGUUGAACCUGGCCCCGAUUUUAAAACAUCAGUCGCCCACGUGGGAAAAACUAUCGAGCAAAGGCCAGGCUCCAAGUCCUCGUAGUGGAGCCGCUGUGACUGUACACAAGCAGCGAUUUAUUCUGUUCGGCGGUGUGUUUGAUGAAGAGAAACGUCGCCACACGAUGCAGUCUACGUUCUACAAUAAUUUGUUCGUGUACGACAUGGAUCGUCGUCGUUGGUUCGAGUUUAAGCUGCGUGGUAAGAAACCCAUGGACGGUAAGCGCCGACGCAAAAAGAAAUCAAAGGCGCUUGAGGAUGAAACGGCUGAUGAUAAUGAUGAUGAGGCGAUGACGAUGAGGGACGAAGAUGUGGAGGAUUUUGAUGCGAUGCUGCAGAGGCAGUUUGGAUACGUCGACGAUGAAGGCAACAUCGUGUACAUCGACGACGGCCUUGAGGAAGAAGAGACAAAGGAGGGUGAAGAAGGCGACAGUGAUGAUCAAGGACUGCGCUCCACCAAGUAUGUCGAACUGAAACUUGGAGACGAAGAGGAAACAAAAGAAAAGGGGAAGGAAGAAGAGUCACGUGUUGUUUGUGAUAAUGAGAUCAUGUCCGGGGAAUUGGAUGAGGAAGAACUUACUGCUCUUGCUCCCUGUCCGCGCAUUAACCCCGCUUUGAUGAUCCGUGGAAGUGUACUCUAUGUUUAUGGUGGUGUUGUUGAGGAUGGCGAUCGUGAGAUCACACUUGACGAUUGCUGGUCUUUGGACCUAAAACGUCUCGACGAAUGGAAGCAGGUAUUACCUGGCACAAUGUCUCAUCAGAUUUGGAAGGGCGAAAUGAGUGAGACGGAGGAGUCGUCGGACGAUGACGACGACAGUGCCUCUGAUGAUGAAGAUGACAGCGAGGAGGAGGAUGUAGAUUCUUCAAAGACACGCGAAGAAAAGGUGACGGCAAAGGUUAUAGAACGGACGAUAGCGAUCCUUGCCAAGAAUGAAGGGGAGGAUGCUGAGAAAGCACCAAAGAAUGACAAAAAGAAGAAAGCAAAAUCCAAGAGGGAGAGCCGCCGCAAAGCAGUUCGCGAUGAGAUGGAGAAACUGCAGGAACAAUUGGGGCUCAGUGAUGUUGAUCGCACACCUCAAGUGGGUGAGAAUCUGCGUGAUUUCUUUGCGCGAACCGAUGCGACUUGGGCCAAGGAAGUCAUGAAGCGCCCUAGCACUGUAGAACAUGAGCUCAGCAUUAAAGAAAUUAAACGAGAGGGUUUUCUGCUAGCCGAGACUCGUUACAAGGAGCUACUACCAGUGUUGGAACGUUUGAACGUGUUGGAGUUGGAGCAGAAAGAGGCCGAGGAGAUGUACGCAUUAAAGAAGAAGGGAGGCAAGGAGAAGAGCCGCCGCUAA